AUGGUGGCUUUAGUGCUAGAUAAUGGCGCCAGUUUAGCUAAAGUCGGAUUUAAUACAACUGAUAGUCCAAGGUAAGGAAUCAAUAGCACAAAUACAUUAAGAGAAGAUUUAAACUUGCUUCUAAAAACUUAACGGGGCUUGGUUUCCCUCUUCAGGCUUAUACCGAACUGUAUUUUCAAAGCGAAGAGCGAACGCCGAAAGUUGUUUAUUGGCGAUCAACUCGAAGAGUGUAAAGAUUAUUCCGGAUUAUUUUACCUCCUCCCUUUUCAAAAGGGAUUCCUAGUGAACUGGGAUGUAGAGAAGCAGAUAUGGGAUUACAUGUUUGGCAAAGAAGUUAUGAAGGUAGUUUGUCGUAAAUUUGAUCUGUAAAUUAAGCUUGUUUUUGAUUUGAUAAUGCUCUUAAAGGAAUUCAGUGCACCGAACUUUUCAGAACCAAAUGUUACAAAUGACUUGUAGCUUGAACGAAUACCAAUAAAGUAAUCAUUGUUUUUACUGCUUUGUUAUUGGCACUUGGUAAGGGUUUUUUUUUUAACUUAAUGUCAUUCUUUAGGUUGACUUUCCUGAAACAACCAUUUUGAUGACUGAACCACACUUUAACUUUACCUCUAUCAAGGUGGGUUCAAUUACAAUACAAGAGAAGGCUGAAAAAAGUUAUUUAUUCGUGGCCUUCCACUUUUCUUGUUUGUGUAGUACUAUGCUUUUUUAAAUAAUAAUAUUGCGGAGAAAAAGUUGUAGUAAGUUUAGGACUCUCAAUGAGGGUUCUUUGUAAUUAGUUUUCAAGCAUUCUCAGAUCACAGUAGUGAAUGUUAUGUCACCAUAUUCUGUGUAGAGUCUCUAAAAAAUAGAAACCUUAAAUUAAAAAUUAACACCCUGGCAUUAUCAUGUGACUCUAAAAUAGCAUGAAUUUUUGGUUCAGUUUUGACUGAAAAGCUUGUACCAACCAUGAUUGCAGGUAAUGCAAGUGACAAUUGAAAAAAAAAAUGCCUGGGGGAUGAAGAUGUGUCUACUUAGCCAUUUGCUAAGAUUUACUAUCUUGAAAACCUUGAUUUGGAAAUGUAUGGUCAUGUGCAUGAAUGUAACAUGUUUUGUUCACUAAUGUUAGGAUGCUACAGAUGAAAUUUUGUUUGAAGAAUAUAAUUUCAAAGCCCUUUGCCGAAUAUCAGGUGAGUCACUUUUUACAGAAUGGUGUAGUCACAUCACAUUUGUUGUCAUCAUUGCUUGAAAUAAUCUUAUUCUUAAUACACCUGUUUUGAUGAAAUUAACAUUCAUUUAAUUGAUGCAAUAAAAAAAUAUAUAGUAAUUUCUUUCAUAUAUAGGACUGCAAUUUGUUUUCUUGUGUUUGCAUUCAGGACCUCAGGAUGCAUUAAAAGAAUAUUAUUACAGAAUUGAGAACAUUUAGUCGAAUGUAUACAUUUCAUUUAGAUGGGUAUAUCUGCACAACACAAUGGUCAAUAUGUCUUCAUAGAUAAUUAAUAAUCAUGGCAUGGACAGAUUUAAAAAAGCCUCAGGGCAGGUGUUAUUGUUGUUUUUUCAUCUUUGCUAACUUUAUCUGUUCUUUAUUCCAAGCUGCCCAAUUGAGUGCUUUCAAAUGUCACAAAGAAGAAGUGGACAAACGUCUGAUAUCCCUGGUUGUAGAUGCUGGAUAUUCCUUCACACACAUUGUGCCUGUUUUUAAUGGCAAAAUAUUGAAGAAAGGGAUAAAAAGGUAACAAAAAUUUUUUUCGUUUUAGCAGAGUUUGUGUCUUGCCUUAUUACUUAAAAUGACAGUAAUAUUAAAAUGACCUUGGCUAGUAUAAGUUAUGCAAACUUGAGUUGACUUUUCAAGGGUUAGCUCCAUGCUUGAUUUGUGACAAAAGAGUCACUGUAACAAACAUGUAUAAAGUGCAAGGAAAAAUAUUUCCCUUGCUGACAUCUUUUUUCUUGUGGAAACUGAUACUUUAUUUUAGUAACAUGUAUUCACAACUCUGCUCUUUGUUCUAGGAUUAAUGUUGGGGGAAAGUUGUUGACUAACCAUCUAAAGGAAAUCUUAUCUUACAGGUAAAUAACAGAUCAUAGAAUUUACUUUAACAGGACUUGAAUCUUCAUAGGCACCUUAUGGAUAUUUCCUGUGAAAGUUUCACUUUUCUAAGGAUGAUUUUUGUUUGAGUUGGUGAUUGAGUAUCAUGUUUACCUGAAAUAAACAUCUGUUGUCACCUCAUGUCAACCAGGCAUCCUUCUUGGGUGGAAUGAUUAUCAGAUAUGACAUUUAAACAUGGGUUAUUUGUUGUAAUCAAACAGUCUGGCUUUGUCCCAAAUCAACUGGUGAUGCAUAGAUUGUUUGAUUCUCACUUGUCAUUGGUUUAUUUUAGUCUGCCAAAUUCUCCAUUUUAGCCUGCAAAAUGCGCUACAUUGCCCGACAAAGUGACAAUAAACUAAAUUUUUAGAGCUGACAAAAAACUAACAUUUUAACUGAUCUGAUUGCAAAGACCUCAUUCCAACUGUAACUGUAGCUGAUUUUAGUUAACUUUUUUAUGCAUGACUUACUAGUGAGAUCAGCAAACUUCAAAAAUCUGCAGCAUGUACACAAGAAGUUGUUUGAGGUUUCCUGGAUUUUUAUAUAUCUCUACCUAUGUGAUACAAGUCACUCACUUUGCAUAAACAUACAUAAUACAUGUAGAUCUUGCUCAAGGUUAUAACCUUUUCUUAACAUGUAUUUUUAACUAACAGGCAACUUCAUGUGUUAGAUGAAACAUAUGUCAUUAAUCAGGUAGGUACUUAACUUUAAAGUAGAUGUCAUAUUUUUGAUAUUGAUUGUCAAAAGUGUAGCUGGAGAAAAAUAUUUUGUGUAACUGAACUGUAUUUGGGAUCUAUUUAUUAACUUUUAGUAGCUCUUAGGGUAAUGCUCAACCUACAGCCAGGUGAUCAUUGGCCAUUGCUUUUCAUGUGAUCUGUCAUAUGUAAAUUAUGAUAAAGAAAUUAGCCGGCUUCCACACCUUGUAACUGUUGUUUUUUCCUUUGACAGGUUAAAGAGGACACUUGUUAUGUAUCAGAUGACUUUUACAGAGAUAUGAGUAUUGCUAGGUACUCUUUGAGUUACUUUGAAAAAUUGGAAUCAAAUAAAUGAAUAUGAAUGAAUAAAUUCUUAUUUUUUUUUUGGAUGUUGCACAGCUACUGACAUACAGUUUAGAUUGCGUUGCUGUUCAGUUUUAACCUUUGUUAAAAAUGUUACAUGCUUUGUUUUUAAAAUAUAGGGAUUUAACCAUUAGUUUGAAGAUGAAAAAAGUACAAUUUGUAAUGGGUUUUCUUUUGUCAUUCAAUGUUAAGCCAGUACUCUCUUUUAGGUUUAGACUGGAUAAACCAGUUAGUUCUUAUAGUGAAUUAUCCAUAGAUGGUUUUCUGAACAGUACUACUGCCAAUAUGUAAACCAGUUUUAAGGAAUUUUUAUUUAUUUUCUCUCUAAGAUUGAUAUUUCUAAUGGUAUAUUGGUAAAGGAAUCUUUCACUUUCUUUCCAUUUCUGUGUUUCCUGUAGGCUAAAAGGUGCCAAGAACACAGUUGUGAGGGAUUAUGUGUUGCCUGACUACACCCAUUUGAAGCGAGGUUAUGUUAAGGUCAGUUUAUCAUCUUGUUCUUUAAAAAUAAGGUAACAUUGAACUUGAGGUAUUGCUCAUCACUUGCAAACUUGUGGCCAAGGUGGCUAGGGGUACAUUCGACCCUCUUUUUUGUCCAAAAAACUGAUACCUGGCAUGCCCUCAAAUAUAGGUAUAUGUAGGAGGGAAGUGUAGAACCUCUGACUGGAAUAUCUUGUUUACUCCCCAGCUUAAUUAUUCCCAUCAGUAUCUAUAAUUGUAAACAAUGUAUCCUGUGUUAACUUGGUACAGUAUAGUUUGAGGUUCAUGAGUGAAAAUACAUGUUAAAUGUAUUGACCUAAAACCUAACUCAUCUCUAGUUAGUUCUGUCUAUCUGCUACCCAUUUUUCAGCACUUUGCAGCUCUCAAAAUGGUCCUCUCAUUUGUUAGUCUUGGCAAGGAUUGUAUGGACUGCACAUAAAACAGUUAGCAGGGAACAUCUUGUACAUUUAUUGAAGAAAUUUCUCUUAUUGUUUCAGUCAGCAACAGAGAUGUGGCUUGGAACAAAGAAAGAAAAUGAACAGGUUUUCAUAACUAUAAUUCUGAAGAAUUAUCUGUUUUCAUAUCAGAAAGUUGAGUCACCUUAAAUUUAAUUGAAUCCCUCUAUGCUUUUAUUUUAUGCUUUAAUUGUAGAUCUUACGAAUGAACAAUGAAAGAUUUGCUGUUCCAGAGCUGUUGUUUCAUCCAUCUGAUAUUGGUAGGAUGAGUUAGAAUAUUGAUAUCCUAAUGUUGGUUGUUCAAACUAGAAUGGUUGCUUAUUUUGAGCUCUCUAUCAAUGUUAUCAAUGAAGCUUCGUCUUCAAAGAUGUCUCAUGCAUAGGUCCAUAUGCAGAUAGUAAAAACAUCUUCAGAUUCUUGCUUGAAUGUAUUAUGAACAUGUUUAUACUUUCUAUUUGAGAAAAAAUUUUAUAGCAGGUGUAGGUGAAUUUACAGAUAUUAGUUUUAACAUGUAAUUUUGAAAAACUAAUCUUGCACUUGUAGUUUGCCAUUGGUGUAUAAAAUAAUUGUGGCUCAAGAAUUAAGCAAUUUGUAAUGAGCACUUUCUCAUCAAUUGGACUUGACAAUAAUCAGUAAAACAAGGAAAUUUCUUUUAUUGAAAAGAAUAAAUUUUUUUUUUCUUUGGGGGUUUAGUGGCACUUAAACAUUUGAUAACCAUAUGUUGUUUCUAUUAAGGAAUCCAGGAAAUGGGAAUACCAGAGGCAAUUAUUCAUUCCAUAGAACAGUUGCCAGUAGGUAAGUAAGUUGUUAUCACAAUCAUUUAAACAAAUACAGUUUUAUGCUGUUCUAGCAGUGGUUCAGACAAGGAGAGAAGGUUUUCAUUGCACCUCAUUCUCCCUUGUGUAGGUGAUCAUUCACUCAGUCAAUCAAUGAAUCAGUCAAUUACACUCUAAAUUUCUUUGUCAUUCAACAAUUUACUCAUAAAAACAUCAGUUGAGUGAUCUUUUGAAACAGUUUAGCUGGUUGAGGUAGCUGACAAGCUGAUAUGAACCUUUUGUAUUAAUUUAUAGUCUCACUCAGUUACAGAUCCAAAUUAUAAUUAUGUACAAGUCAAAGAAAGGAACUCAACCUUUACUCAACAAUAAUUUUGAUAUAUUUUAAAGACAAUGCCCCCCCCCUCAGGAGCAGUCAUGUGAGCCUGACUAAUCAUUACAUGGAAGUUUGCCUACAUGGUUAAAAAUCGUUACUGAUCUAAACCACUGUUUUUUGUUUUUAAUUUUUUGCCCUGUUUAAAUGUACUCUUAGUUUGUUGGUAUAAAAUUUAGCUCCCUGAAGAUAUUGUUGCAUGGACAUUUUAGUCAAAUCACAUCUGUUACACCACAGGCUUUCAUGUCUGUUAGUUUGCUUACAGAAUGGCUUGUAAAUCACAUCUCUGCGAGGUAUAAUUAAGUUUCUUUUUUGUUCUCUGAAUUACUUUCAGAAAUGCAGCCUCACUGUUAUAUGAACAUACUUUUGACUGGAGGAUGUUCACUGUUCCCAGGAAUGAAAGAAAGAGUGUAAUAUGGAAAUUUUGGUUUGACUUGAAAAUGUGCAGUUGUGGCCAAAUGAUCUUUUUUGUGUGUGUGCUUCUUAGCAAUUCGUGUUUGUCAUGAUCAACUCUCUAUGGUUUUGUAAAAAUGUCAGUGACUUUAAAAUAAAAAAUGUAUUCAGUUGUCUAUGGACCUAGCAGUUUCACACCAAUUAUAUGUGACACUAUCUAAAAUUGUGAAAUAUUGACCAAGUUAACUUACAGUUAAGAUCAGAAUCAAGAUUGUUAGACAGAUUUCGAGCCACUAUGUGAUAAUGAAGUUCGAAUUUCUUUUUUUUUGUUAUAGCUUCUCUGAGGUUCGAUCACUUGCUCCUUAUGAUGUAGACGUUGCGGUUCAUUGCCCGUCAAGGUAAGGCUUAGCACAGUGUAUGUUAAAAUCCUGCGAUUUUGUUACAUUUUCUUACGGCAACGGUGAAAUCUACAGAUAUUUACUUAAAAAUUAUUACGAAAGCGAGAAGAGAAAUUAACACAGCCGGCUACUUCCCUCUCAUUAUUUGAAGAGAAGUAGUUAAAAACAAAGCAAUGCCAAACUAAGGUUUGAAGGUUACCCGGUUUUGCAAAACCGUUUGCUUUUCGUUUCUUUCAGGCCUGUGACACAUGCUUGGGAGGGUGGAGCAGCUCUGUCAAAGACGGACGUGUUUGUUGGCAAGAUGUGCGUGACCAAAGCCGAGUAUGACGAACACGGAAAGAACAUCUGCAGAGAAAAAUUUGAUUCUUGAUUCCGCUGUAUUUGUCAGUUGGAAUCUUACCCAUCCAUUGCUGUUGCAUAUCAAACACAAGAUUCAAACCAACCGGAGAGAAGUCCAACAGAAUCGUGUGAUUCACUAGGCUUUUAGAGUAAGUCGGUUUGUGACUCGUUCUGCGAUGUACGUUAUCAGGCAAAGCUAAGGUGAUUUGAACUUGACCAAGUGAAAGAACUCUUCGCGGAAAGGAAAGGCGUGAUGGUCGAAAUGACGGCUAUUGGCGGCCAAUUUUUUUUCCACCGUUGUUGACGUAGAUGUUAACAUACGACAGGAACAGUUGUGCAAGUGGUUAUGCCUACGACUCAUAUGAGAUGAUCGCUUUGUUGCAACAGGAAAAGCUGUUAUCAAGGCUAAAUAAAGUCCUAACGCCACAAGUU